AUUCUUUAUAUCUGCAUGGGAAUAUCGAGGAAAUUGAUGAAGAAUUCAACCGCUUGUCAUUCAUAAUUACCACAAAAUUAAUGUAUCCGAAGCGAAUUCUCGUUAAUCAUCCAAGAAUUUUAUUGCCAUCGUCAUCAUCAUCCUAAGAAUUCUCCAAGUAGGUGGCGCUGUUGUCAUUUAGCGAAACUCGUGGUCUUUGACUGUAAACAAAAAAUGGCGGAAGAUGAGGAUCCUAAAGGUUAUAGAUGGGAAACUGAAUAUGAAAAGACUUGGGAGGCAAUUCGUGAAAAUGAAGAAGGUCUCCUUCAGCCCAGCGUGGAAGAAUACCUGCACCACACAAAACGUCGGAGGCUCCUCGAGAAGAAAAACGUCCGACUGGGGAUGAUGAGACAUCUGUAUAUUGUGAUCGACAUGUCGGAAAAUAUGUCCGAACAGGAUCUAAAACCUACGAGGCAGCUGUGUACAUUAAAAAUUUUGGAAGGAUUUGUAGAAGAAUAUUUCGAUCAGAAUCCAAUUAGCCAGUUAGGCUUUAUCAUUACUAAAAAUAAGAGAGCAGACAAAAUAUCCGAAUUAUCGGGAAACCCCAAGCAGCAUAUUAAUGUGUUAAAAAAUGCUUCAGAAAUGGUGUGCGCGGGAGAGCCAUCAAUUCAGAAUGCUUUAGAGUUAUCAUCCAAAACAUUAAGAAACAUGCCGGGACACACUAGCCGAGAGGUUUUGAUAAUAAUGGGAAGUCUGACAACUUGUGAUCCGGGCAAUAUUUAUACUACAAUAGAGACCAUGAAAAUGCAUAACAUUCGCUGUUCUGUUAUCGGUUUGGCCGCUGAGCUAAGAGUGUGUCGUGCACUUACCAAUACGACAGCAGGCAGUUAUCACGUUAUUUUGGAUGAAAGUCACUUUAAAGAACUGGUCAAUUUACACACUGUUCCACCGCCUGCCGCAGGCAGUAUGGAAUCGUGCUUAAUCAGAAUGGGUUUUCCUCAUCAUCAGACCGAAGCAGAAGGAACGCCGUCCAUUUGUUUCUGUCAUCUAAACAGCAAAGAUCCUAGCGAAGGAUUCGGAAGUGCCGGUUAUUACUGUCCCCAAUGUCAUGCCAAGUACUGCGAGUUACCGGUAGAAUGUAAGGCUUGCGGAUUAACCCUGGUUUCUGCUCCUCAUCUGGCACGUUCUUAUCAUCAUCUGUUCCCGCUGAAUUGUUUUCAAGAGGUUGCGUUAAGUGCGUUGACAGAAAAGGAUUCGAGGAACUGCUUCGCUUGCUUAGCGGAUUUUAAAGAACAAUUGGUCUACAGAUGCGAGAAUUGUCGCCAAUUAUUCUGUCUGGAGUGUGAUCUGUUCGUUCAUGACACCCUCCACACUUGUCCCGGAUGUGCAAACAAUAAACUGACAAAUAUGCAAACAUAAAUUAUUAAAAAUUUCUACAGAAAAAA